AUGAACAGUGGACUCGGUAACAUGCCCCUUCAACGCACGCCGCCCUCGUCCAGCACCGCAGCUCCGGCGGACGAAUCGAUAACUAUACCGCAUCCUGCAACUAAACUAACGCGGCAUCUCUCUGAAUCGGACCCGGAGCUACUAACGAAAUCUAUGGAUGAACUGAGACAAGGAGCAUGCCAUGUUACCCAACGCCUUAAGAGAAAGCGUGAAAGCAAUAGUGAACAACUAUCCGAGAUGAUGGCGGAAAUGAAAAAUAUGUUUGCUGAAUUUAGAGCCCACCAAAGCUCUCAAGACUCAAAAUUGGAAAAGAUUUCCUCUGCAAUGGACGAAAUAAAAGCCCAAAACCUUGCAAUGCAGAGCUCGGUAGAGUUCGUUGCUAGCAAAUUUGAAUCAAUUCAAUCUCAAAUUAACAAACUUGAAUCUGACCGGAACGAAACCCUCCAAUAUAUUCAGGUCUUGGAACAGAAAUUAGAAAACCUCGAACGCCACAGAAGGUCUACUUGUGUAGAAAUUAGAAAUAUACCACAUAGUAAAGGCGAAACUAAGCUAUCCCUCCUUAGCCAACUGGAACGCUUAGCAAACGCCUUAAACACAUCAAUAGACCCCCAGUAUGUUAAGGAUAUUUUUCGUAUUAACACUAGAGAUCCCACUAACAAAACCAUUAUUAUAGAAUUCAACAGUGUACUCACAAAGGAACUUCUGUUACGAAAAUAUAGGGAUUAUAAUAAAGCAAACAGUACUUGUAAACUAAACACGGAGACUCUGGGUAUCACUGGCGCACGCAGCCCCGUGUUUAUAUCAGAAAAUUUAUCCCCUCAAAUGAAACGGCUACAUUAUAUCACGAAGGACUUCGCCAAGUCAAACGGUUUCAAGUACUGUUGGGUCACAAAUGGCAAAAUAUUUCUACGUAAGCAAGAAGGAACAGGCUUAAUUCUCAUCAACAACGAGCAAGAUUUAAAGAACUUAGAUAAUUCUAAUAACGUUAAA